UCCCCCCGGGCCAGCAGCCGGGCGGCGGCCGGGAAGGAGGAGGAGGCAGCGGGGCAGCGGCUCCCGGCGGUAGCGCCGCGCGGAGGUUCAAUGAUUAUGCUGCAUUAUACAGAAGGAGUGCUUUUCAUCUGUGUCUUGGAGUGUUUCGAGGAUGUUUACAUGCAGAGGAAUUAAGAUGGAUGGAGUAUUUCAUUGGCCGUAGCAGCAGCAGGAUGUAUAAGGAACAUUGUCGUAACUAUACAAGGGCAUAAUGCAGAAUCCUUUAACUUUUUCUGCAGGUGGUGUUUUUUUGCAUGCUAAUCCUGCAGAGAAACAUUGUUUCCAACAAAGUAUGCUGGGUCAGCAAAAGCAAGAAACUUGUGCUGGAAAGACAGUAUCCACAGAUAAACACAAAUCUCCUUCGGAUAUAAUACAAAGUUUUCAGAAGAAAAGUCAGUUUAGGACAAUUGCUCCAAAAAUGGUACCAAAAAUUUUAACAUCUGGAGUGGUUUCUUGUCUUCAGUCAUCUUUGCCUGAGCAAAAUACACCAAUUUCAGCUGCAGGUUCUAAACCGCUGGUGGUACCAACUCAAAACUAUGCUGUCAUGCAGGUGGCUGGUCAUGAGGGGACCUUUUCUCUAUUGGCCUUGCCGUAUGUUGCCCCUGCCCUAACACAGCCAGUCCAGCAGUCGAAUGUAGCCCCUUCUGAAAACCUAAAGCUGCCCAUCCCUAGGUACCAACCUGUAAGAAGUAAAUUGCUGAGUGACAAAAAACCAUCACAAAUCUCUGUUUUGGGUGCACAUAACGAGAUACCUACCAGAGCAUCGAUCUCAUCCCAGACUUCUCCCAUGACUACUUUAACUGAAGACUGUGCUGAAACUCAUUUUAGUUCAGAUUCAACUGAGCAAGUGAUGCUAACAGACCGUGACUCGGCUGAAAUUACAGUUGCCACGUUAGUAAAUAAGAGCAAUUGUGUGGAAUCUCCUUUAGUGAUCAAAACUGAAAUUGCUAAUGGUGAUGUCUCUGGACCAUCUGUAGUUAAAGACUCUUUAUCCAAGCUGGCAAGUACAAUCAGUCCCAUGAAACUAAGUCUACACUCUGUGAAGACAGCGUCUGAAACCACAAGAGAGCCAUUCAUAACAUCUGAGAAACUGAAGGAAAAACCGACAAAUUCUGCAAAUUCUGUUGCUGUCCUGUCACCGGCAGUUUUUGGCAGUACAAUACAGAUGACUCCAUCAGCACCAAAAGGAAAACUUCCUAUUUUGCCUUACUCAAGGAUGAAAAAUUCAGUGUUCUGUAAAUCUAAGCAGAAUACUAAUGUUACAGGUGUAUGUGGACCUUCACUGAGAUCUGAAUGCGGAAAGAUACCAGCUUUGGCAAAACCCUUUCAUGUUCCUUCUAACGCAUCUGAUAAGCGAUCAGCUGUAUCAUUUGCACAAGUCCCCAGACAAACCAUUCAAGAAAAUACCCUCUCUCCAUCCAAUAAAGUGGAUGUCGACAGUCUUAAAAAAUUGAACAGUGCAGCCUCUAAAAGAAGAGGCAGAAAAAGAAGAGCCACAGAUGAUUUAUUGGCUUUUCAGACCAAGCGAAGGAAAUGCAUCAUUAAUAAGUUUAGAGAAGGGAGAGAGAGGGCAAAAGUUGAUCUUCAGCCACCUGAAGAAAAAAAGGCAGUAGCAGUGAAAAAGUACCGUAGCAUUAGACCAAAACCAGUGGUGGUUGUGCAGGAUCUCGCACCGCUGACUUCUGCAGCAGUGGUAGAGACACCAUCUCCUGAGCAUUUAGACCGAGAUACUUUUUUAAAUAGUUCACUUCCCAACAAAUAUUUAAGUUACAAGCACAGUGACACUACAUCAGCUAAAUCAGGUGAUUUAAGUAGAAAUACGUGUUCAACCCUACCUAAGCUGUCGUAUAAAUGUUAUGUUUGUAACCAUGUCUUCCAGUUUAAGCACCAUCUCCAGGACCAUAUAAACACCCAUACAAACAAACGGCCUUACAGCUGCCGAAUUUGCCGGAAAGCGUAUAUUCACUCUGGAAACCUGAGCACACAUAUGAAACUUCAUCACAAUGAAGGCAAACCCAAAAAGCUUGUGUGUUGUGAAUUCUGUGCUAAAGUUUUUGGCCAUGCAAAGGUGUAUUUCGGUCACCUAAGAGAAGUGCACAGGGUUGUGAUCAGCACAGAGCCCUCCACGAGCGAGCAACAUCUGCAAGAUGCUUUAAAGAAGAGAGACACCAAUAUAAAAGCAGCAGAAGAAGCAAUGGAGAGGGGAAAUAAGUGCAAUCUUGAGGACCUAUUCCAUAAUCCAGGAGAAGUGAAAUUACAGAUCAAAUGUGGUCGAUGCCAGUUUAUUGCACAGUCUUUUGGUGAAAUGAAGUUUCACUUACUGUGCUCUCAUGGAGAAGAGAUCCAGGGAAGAGUAAAGGAAGGAAAUAGAGGAGCUAAGGGGGAACUGAUCAAACACACAACCCAGUUGUGGAAACAGUGCAAUGAGAAAAGACAUUCAGCAAAAUGCAGUACCCAUGAGGAGGAGUUUUAUACUUUUCCAAAACUGAAAAGACAGAUACACUUUCACCAUCAAAAUAACGUCGAUGUGUUAUCUAAAAGUGAACCGACUCAGUCAGGAAGCAGUGAAGCACCCAGCAUGCAAAAUGUAGGUUUUGGUACACCAAGCAAAAAAAUAGAAAUUUGGUCUAAAUCAGGCUAUAACUGCAUUUUAUGCAAACAGUUAUUUGAAAGAAAAGAGGAUCUUUGUAAUCAUUGGCAGAAUCACCAUAACUGUGAAGACCCUUCCAAUUUAUGGACAAUUUUUAGUUUGUUAUCAAAACAAGGAAUUAUUGAACUUUCUAAUAAUGGUGAAUAUUGAAGCUGUGCUCUAUAAUGAUAUGAAAAACUACCUUACCAAAUUGUGUAUGUUUUUUGGUGUGUUGCUAAACUAACUCAAGAGAUGUAUCACUUCAGAGGUUGGUUUGGUGAGUUUGUUGGGGUUUUUCUAAAUUAUGCUAACCUUUAUUUUGUUAAAUAGAAAAUGUAUAUAUCCAGUGUCCUUCCAGAUGGGUACAUGCAAGCCCAUUAUGAAACACUGUAAUUAAAAUUCAUACUUAAGCAACUUAGCAGCAGCAAGUAAUCAAUACUAAUGGUUAACACAAAGGAAAAAGAUUUUCAAAUUAUACUAUAUGCACAGAAAUAAAUCAGUUUAUAUGAAGUAAUCUCAAUCUUGAAUGAAACAAAAAACCAGACUCAUUUUAAUUUCCAUCCCAAAUGGGUUUCCAGAUUUUAUGGUAAAUAGAUAUUUCCAUGCAGUUCUCUGAAUUAUUUAAAUGUUCAUACAUGCAACCAGCAUUGAGGAGCUUUAUAAUCUGUAAUUAAAGAGUUUUUAAUUCUUAUUUUCUUUGUUUCAGUGUCUUCAGACAUGUUCAUUGCUUGCAGGUUUGUUAUUGGCAGGUCUUUUUUAGGUGUUACAUUCUCUCCCGGUAACAGCAAAAGUGAAAAAUCUACACUUUUUUUUUGCCUGUACUCUCUGGGUUGAAGACAAGUUAGUUGCCACCCAUGAAGGUGGAACCCUCAAAGCUUGACUACUUCAUGAAAAAAAAAAAACCAACAAGUUUAUUUUUAAAAUAGUAGUUGAGUUGGUUACUCCUGGGAAGUUUGACAUUCGGCAAUAGGCUGCAUGAUUCACAGUGAACUUUUAGCAUGUUCCUUGCACCUCCUGUGACACAGCAGCACUGCUGCCAGCACCGUUAGCACUCUGCCUCUAACACUCUUGGGAAAUAGCUUUUGUACCUCUGCACUUGACCCAGUCUGUGGCUUUAAAGGGAAAUUGUUCCUUCACUAUGGUACACACAAUGAGGUUUUUUUCACUUGUGUUGCCAGAUUUACUGCACUAGAGGAAUUGCAUGCAGCACCUUAGCCUUCCAAUGUCAGGAGCCAGUAAGAGUUGCCUUACCAGGAUGCAAAGCUGUAGCAGCCCGUAGUGCAGGAAUAGUGUGUGCUGUGUCCCCUGCUGGGGAGCAGGCACGGGAAGCCACCAUGUCAGCACAUCUCCGGGGAGGCAAGUCAGUUCAGGCUAUCAGGAGAUGGAGUUCUGGAGCUCAGUUUUGAUGGAAAGGUCAUUGAACUGUCAAGUCUAGUUUGAAACUGGUGUUAAACUGCUGUUACUUAAAGCCUUAUGUACCUCUGAAUUAUUUUGGGAGCAAUAAUGGAGACAGUGUAAGAAGCCGCAAUAUCACUGUUCAGCAGAAGUCGGAGCACAUCAAGGGGCAAACUGAAAAAUAAACUGGUACAGUCUCUACAGUCCUACUCUGUUCAUUUCUCCUUGUGGUCAAACUGUAACUGAGGGAUUGCAAUGAUGAAAGAGUCAUUCCUAAAAUGCCCUGUGUGGCCUCUCACUGUUUUGCACAAAUUGUGGUGACGAGAACAUGAAAAGAGAUCUAAAGAUGUUGGGUUUUCUGAGUGGGAUUCCAGAAGCUGUUGCAAUAUUUGUGUACAUAUUUUGUUUUUAAAUAUUAAAGGCAGUUUUGAUGAGCUAA